AAGAUUCAUUAUUCUACAAUCUCGAGCAUGCUCGGCUCAUCAAAACCCAUUGUCUAUUGCUUCCCGUAGCCUUUAGCUGAUCAGAACGGUUAAGCUGCGUUAAUCAAUCAGGCAACCAAAAAGGAAAUAAUCGAAAAUGAAAAAGAAUGAACAUUAGAUCAGAUCGAAGUCGACCCUAACAUUUCUCUCUUUCCGACUGGAAUCAAUUUCUCCCUCCUCCAAAAAAUCCACUGAUCAAACCCCCAAUUACAGUCCUUGAUCGCCACAUUUCUCAUCAACAGAUCCAGAUCUCCAAUGUCCUGCUUAGCUCUUUCUCUCCAACCCGUCAAUGGGCCCGACAUCCUCCUCCAAACCCGCGAAUGGUUUCCCCCAGCCCGAGCCCUCGUCGCCGUCUCCGCCUUCCGAACCACCCGUCUUGCCUUCUCCUCCGCUGCAGCCGCCACCUCUUCUCUCUCCUCCAAACACCACAACGACGACGUCUCCGGCGAUCCCACCAUUGUCGGCGACGAUCCACUUGCUGCUUCAAGCGGUCAGGUAAUUGUGGGUGUUGAAUCUCGUUACCGCGUUGUUUAUCGUUUGGUGAAUUCAAUUUAUGUUCUGGGUGUUACAACUGUUGAUGAUGAUGAUGAUAAUAGUACUACUACGAAUAAUGUUUUUGAGUGUAUUAGUAUUGUUAAUCAAGCUGUUAGUGUCGUGGUUACUGCUUGUAGAGGGGUCGAUGUGACCCCUGAGAAAUUAGGGAAGAAAUAUGCUGAAAUUUACAUGGCAAUGGAUAUUGUUUUGAGGGGUGUUAGUAAUAUUCGUCUGGCAGCUAUGCUGGGCUCUAUGCACGGUGAUAGUAUUGCUAAGAUGGUACAUUCUGCUGUUGAUACUGAGAAUAAGGUUAGAGGGGCGGAUAAUUGGGCUGGGGUUGCAGAGGGGUUGGCGGUGGAGCAUGAGGCGGGGGUGGACUCGUUUUCGAGUAUGAGGUUUGAGCUUCCAAGUGAGACUCUUACUGCAGGGGAUGAGGUGGGGGCUAGUAUUGCUAUUGUAGGGCAGGCAGGGUUAGGGGAGCAGGAUGGUGGGGUGAAGAUUGAGGAGGAACAGGGGGUGAAGGAUCCAUUUGCAGCUAGUGAUUCAGUUAGUAAGCCGGAGUCGUUGGUAGGGGAGUUUAAGAAGGAUAAGGAUGUGACUUUGGAUAUGACUAAGGCAUUAGUGGGGCUCGAAGUGACUCCAUUGCCGCCUGCUGAAGCUGCUAAUCCUACUCGUAUUGCCGUGGAAGGCUUUGAAGGGGAUUAUGGUGGGAUUGAGUUUGGGAACGAGGAAGCGUCACUUAGAGAGACGUUUGAAGGGUUUAGUGAUGCAUUUGGUGGUGGGUUGGACGCGUCCGAGUUUGUGGGCCCCUCGAAAGUUGCAAAGAGGGAGGGUCUUGGUGGACUUGAGUUGUUACAGACGGGGCCAGAUAGGGCUCCUGUUGCUGCCAGUGGUGCAGGGGCUACUCCACUUGAGAAUCUGUUAGUGCAGAAGACAGAAAUGAAGGGCCCUGAGAUGUUCAUUGUUGAGGAGAUCAGUGCAGAGUUCAGGGAGUCUUUGCUUAGUAGAGUGGGAUUGAGGGGUGUGAUUUAUUUGAGAACAUUGUCUCCGAAGAUGUCAGGUGAGAAAGAAACUGAGUUCUCGUUCAAGAUUGAUGGUACAAAUUCUGUUAAAAGAACUGUUGUGCAGAGCUCUCGUGUUAGCAGUCUUGGCAAUGGAAUGUUUCAUGUACGAACAGCAGCCUCUGAAGAGCCUUUACCUGUUCUAAAGUACAGUUUGAUGCCCCAGAUGACCCCCAUUCCUUUGCGAGUUAGGCUGGUUAAACGCCAUGUGGGGACUUUACUCUCUAUCAUGAUACAAUACGUUUCAAACCCUGAUUUGCUGGUACCUCUCAGUGAUGUGACAUUUAUUCUCAAACUACCAGUUGAUCCUUCGAUACUGAAUGUCUCUCCUAAGGCUGUGUUGAAUAGGUCUGAGAAAGAACUAAAAUGGCAUGUACAAGAGAUCCCAUUAAAGGGUACUCCUGGGAAGCUUAGGGCACGGAUGCCUAUUGAUAUAAAUGAAGAGGACACUGAAGAAGAAAUUGACGUUGUUUGUUAUGUUAAGUUUUCUGUCAAAGGGGCAACCACGCUCUCUGGUGUGUCACUUUGUCCUGCUUCUGAAGCGAAAACAGACUUUUACGUGGUAGAUCACAAGGUUGAAAGUGGGGAUUACAUGUGCAAUUGACCUUUAUGACACGGUACCAUCCUCACUGCUUGUAGAUUGUAUCUUCUCGAUUCUUUUCAUGAAUGGUUAGUCGUGUAUAAGGUUUUGUAUCCUUUGCCUGAAGUAGAGUGCAUGUAGCUUUUGAUUUGAUAUUUUGCUGGUGUGGAAGUCGAGUUUGUGCUUGCGGCUGAUUUUCUUGUCUUCAUUCUAUUUUCAUUUUGUAAUUGAUGGCACUUAUCAUAGAAUUCAUUGAAAUUUCUAUUCUGGUUAAAUUGUACAUUACAUUCAUCCAAGAAAAUUUUACGACCUGUUGAAAUUGAGCUGAAA